UCGAGAGUGGUUGAUCCAUUUCUCUUCGUCGACGAAGAAGCUUUCCCCACUCCGUUGGACGCCGUCUACCAUUUGUCAGCCCUUUGUGGUUGUUCUCGGGCAAGCAAUGAAGAAGGAAAUGGGUUUGAUUCCUAAGCAACCUGUGUUUUGUGUAAAAUGGCCGUGGGAUGUCAUUCAAAGUAACAAAACUUCUGACACUUGCAACUUUGAUGGUCCUUGGCUAUUCAAAUCAAUCCAAAAUCUUGGAUCAUUCGCUUUCAACUUUGCCAGUUCACUUUCAAAAUCUUCAAGUACUCGAAUGAUUUCUUUCAAUCCGUUGCAAUUGGAUGAGAAAACCAAGGGGAGGCAGCAAAUGACUACGAUUGAGCAAGGGGAGGCAGAGCAGAGAGCUCUUGCAUCUGCUCUGGCCAGUGGGAAGGAGGCUACAGUGAUUGAGUUCUACUCGCCUAAAUGUAGGCUUUGCAAUUCUUUACUUAAAUUUGUUUCCGAGGUAGAGGCAAGGAAUUCUGACUGGCUCAACAUUGUCAUGGCUGAUGCUGAGAAUGAGAAAUGGCUACCAGAGCUCCUUAAUUAUGACGUGAGGUAUGUUCCAUGCUUUGUGCUUCUUGACCAAAAAGGAAGGGCCCUUGCCAAAACAGGUGUUCCCCACAGUCGUUUACAUGUAAUAGCGGGUCUGUCCCAUCUUCUCCAGAUGAAGCGUCCUCUUCAACAAGAUCAUGGGCCGGGCCGGGCCGAUGCAUGAUAUAUGACACAGCACAUAUUGUAUCUGCUAUAUUGUUCCUUUGUUCAUGUGACGAUUGCGUUUUCUGAAACGGCUUUCUGAGUGUUUGAUAGUAUCAGCAUUAUUCAUUAGGCUUCCCGUGCUUAUUGUAAAUGAUAUAAUCUCAGUAGCUUCAGAGUCAUCCUGAUCAACACAUCAAACGGGAAUUUCGAUUUGAUUUUUCGUGUCUUACUUUGUAAAAGAGGGAUCGGUUUCCCUCAAUUUAUGGGAAGUUUGCAGCGCGAA